AUGAAAAACAGUUCGAGUUCUCUGGAAAACACCACCAACCUCUCUGCUUCAGACUGUUCCCUUCCACUCGUUCACGGCUGGGGCCUAAUGGCGACCAAUUCUGUCGGGGCUUUGGUGGGUACUUUUGGUAACUUCCUCGUGUGCGCCGCGGUUCUUUACACAAGCCCUAGACUACGCAGAUGCUCUAACUAUCUUCUUGUUAGCUUGGCGAUCGCUGAUUUGGUCGUGAACAUGGUGUGUGAGCCUUUAGUCGUGGGAAUCGUGGCCACGAAAACCUUUUUCAACGACUGUGCAUCAAACCUGGAGCUCGCCUAUGCUGUCUCUGCUAACUUCUCGUGUUCAUCUUCUCUGUUGCACCUAGCGGCAAUCAGCAUUGAUCGCUUUCUCGCCGUUAUUUUCCCUCUCCGUCAUGGUCGCAUAAUGAAGAGCUAUGGCUUGAAGAUCAUGUUGAUAGUUGUUUGGGGUGUAGCAACAGUGUUUGCAUCUCUUCGUGUGCCUUUCCUGAAAGAAACAGCUUACAUGGUUGUUGCGAUGUUUAUCAUAAGCUAUUUCCUUGUCAUCGGAUGCUACUUGUCGAUCACGAUUUCGGUAUUUUUGCUCAGGAGGAGAAAGAAGCAGGCAUCGACGCAAGGCAGAACAAUCAGAAUUUCCGUCAGUAGCAAAGCUGAGAGACGGUUUGCCUCCACUCUGGCUAUUGUAAUUGGUGUAUUCACAGCAUGUUGGUUUCCCAUGAUCGUUGUUUUCUUUGUUGCUGGGAAAUCUUUGGUGAAAAUGUACGGGACAGUGUACAUGUGGAUAAGAACUUUGGCCUUGUUAAAUUCAGCUAUGAACUUUCUUAUCUACAGCGCUAGAAUUCGUGACUUCAGAGACUCCUAUGCUCUUAUAUGCCGCAAGAUUCUUCGCUGUGGCUGAUGCGAUUUAGUUAUGUGUAUACUGAAUUUAAAAGGAGAUAAAUUACUUAAAAGAGAUAUUGUUUUAAAGGAAACGAUUUAUCGAUAUUUAACCGAGGCGUCAGUGCCUAAGACUUUGUUUAUAGUGACUAUUAGUACAUAUAUGCCACAAAAAUGAAUGGUGAUUUUAACGCGCGGUGAUUUGUUAGAUCGCAGGUGCUUAGCCAUGUAAGUACUAUUCACUUCCCAGCAGCGUCGAAGAGAAACGAAAAGCAUUUUAGUCUUGAAGUGGACUUUUUUCGUUAACUACAGUGUGGGAUCUAAGUAUAAAAACAUUUUAUUACUGAAGAUCCUGCUGAAGAACGUCGAAAAUAGUUUGAAGUCAUUCGUUUUGUUCACAUCGUUUGAUUGCUACACUAACCAUGCGACUCUAUGAGCAUUAUAUGCAUUUUGCGGCGCGCAAGAUUUUAAAAUUUCCAAGCUCUGGGCAAAAUAAAGUUAAAGACUGUUCACAGUGCCCUAUUUGACCGUGAGAUCGUCGAGAUAUAACGCGUCUUACCAUUUAUGGUGGCCAUCUUGAUUUUCAAGUAGUAGUUUUUUACACUCCUGCAAGAUGGCAGCCGUAACGUAAAACGCUCGAUCUCGACGAUCUUAUGGAAAAAUAGGGGACAGUCUAAUAAAGUUAUUUUUAGGUCAGCUGUUAAAUUAUUCAUCUUGUGUGGUGAAAGUUUGCGUCAAAUUGGUGGAUAUUUAAUAAUCCACUUAAACAUCCACAACUAUUCACCACCGUGAAUGAUUGUUAACAAGACAUUAAUUCGUCAGCGAGUACCAAAUGACCUCUGAAAUUAAGUACUCAAGGAGAAAAUGUUUGCAAUCUACAGCUGUUAAAUUUCAUCCUGAGCUGCGUCCUUCCUUCCUUCUCUCAUUAAUCCGCCUUACACGGUCUGUAACGGAACAAUCUGCAACAGGAGGCGUUUUGCUCCUCCCUGCAGUAAUUACUUCUUAAGAACGUUGUUAAAUAGUUUUCGUACGAUGAUGAAAUUGAAAACGGAUUAGCGUUGAACCGGAAGGAUUCAGGAGAGCAUCUUGGAAGAUGAUGAUAUCAGUUCAAAGUUGUGGCAAGUCUAGUCAUGGUUCUUGCGCGGAAGACGGAGAGUGAAGAAAUCGGAGGACUGGAAUGAAAGGUGGGGGUUGUUGAGUUCACUUACCUCCUUUCAUCAUUUCAUCUAGCAUCGUGCGCGCAACCUACAGAUUAGUCAGUAAUUAUCUGAUAGCAGAUAACUAACUAAUCUAAAGGUUGCGCUGAUUUCUAAAAUUAGCUGUAGGCUCUUAGCCAAUAACAAGACAGAUAGUGAGUACAAGUGUAGUGGGCCGCUCAAGGCCUGGGGUCAAAGUGUCAAAACAUGCCUCAGGGGCGUAGCCAGCUCAUAGACUUGUAGGCCCCGGCCUACAAUUUUUACUUUGAUCAGUCUACCGCUUGUAAUAAAUUAUGCGUUGUUGGAGGGGGUGAAAGGCUUAAGAGCUCGAGGUGUUGGUAAGCUUAGUACGUAUUAGUCAUGCGUGCAAUUUUCAGGAUAUUUGGAAAUGAAAGUGAGUCAGGCCUACAACUAAUCGAAAAGCUGGCUACGCCUUUGUGCCUUACUAUUUAACAGAAGGUCAUUAAAAUGAAUUGAAUCUCCAAGAAGGACCUAACCACUUGCGUUUACAAAAAAUAAGAGUCCAAAAAUUGUGUUAGGCUUGCUGACAUGUGUUUUUUUUUUUUAAUUUUUUUUUCAAGAAAGAUAACAUGCAAUAUGAAGUGCGCAGAAGAACUGAAAUAAAUACUACUGAAAGUUAAGGGCUAGCUUUACAAAAAAAUGUUGAUUCCAAGGAGAACGACAGUGCUUUUUUCCAAAGAAAGAUAAUGCCGUAGAGAUAUCAUUGAAUAGCUUGUUUGGUGUAUAGCCAUCUUUGGGUAAUCAUAAGAAAAACGGAGUUUAUUUUAAAGAUUAAAUAUUGGAAAAUUAAUAAAUGAAACUGUUCUUGCAUGUUUUCAGAUUGCAGGGGGUCUUUCACGUUUCUAGCAGUCUUUUGGUGUAUUGAAUUUUGACUUUCGGAAGUUAAUUUAUUUAUUUUGUCGGCUUCAAGUUGAGCUAUAUGUUGUAUCGAAUCAACUAGGCAGUAAUCUCCCCAUUUUCUUCGAGAAAUGGUGAUCGUAUUGGCUUAUUAAUACCUAUUAUCUGGAAGAAAUUGUUGGGUUGCCUGUGUGACAGAUCAAGUACGGCCACUCGCUUGGGCUUUGGUCACACUAUACCUGAUAACUUUGGCGCCGCCAUGAAAAUCAUACCGGAUAGGGCUCCUGUUCACUAGCCUGAGUAUCAGGCGUUUCUGGGGAAAAGGGGAAAGAUGGAAGCGAAAAAGGGACUAGCCCCUUAGGAAGGCCUGAUACUCAGGCUACCUGUUCACACACAAGAACGAUUGUGGCGGCGCGAUUUCUCUAACGGAGCGAAGCUGCGCCGCGCCGAUCUCGAAAAUGGAGCGUCGCAUUUAGAUUUGUACCAUACAGAAGGUCUCCCGAAAGUAAACAAGUCAUCCUCGGAGACCCAGGGACAGACGGUGGGGGCGAGGGGAAGUCUAAACGGGCGGGAAAAUAUGGCACGGAGAAAAAUAAAGAACGGCGAGAAGAGCCCCUGGGGACAAUGUCUUACCAGACCAGUUCCAAACGGUCGCCGCCGUUCUGCCUUCUGAUUGGUGCCAGAAAACUUUUGUGUUUUUCUGCCCAAUCAGAAUGCAGAACAGGGGCGACCGUUUGGAACUGGUCUGGUAAGACAUUGUCCCCAGGGGCUCUUCUCGCCGUUCUUUAUUUUUCUCCGUGCAAUAUUAUUCCGCCCGUUUAGACUUCCCCUCGCCCCUACUAUCUGCCUCUGGGUCUCCGAGGAUGUAAAUAAGUAUGAGCGAGAACUGGGACUCACUAACCGGAAACGGUUCCAGAGCGGUCAGUAUAAAAGAUGGACUGCGGACUGUGGACUACGGACUACGGACUGGGUAUAAAAUACGGACUAGGUAUAAAACGCGGACUGGAAAAUACGGACUGGGUAUAAAACACGGACUAGGUAUAAAACGCGGACCGCGGACUACGUUGGUAAAAGCGGUACUAAUUGUUCUAGGUAAGGAAAAAUAAGGCCAAAAGAUCGCUGCCCGGUUCUCUGAAUCAUGAGCCUGACAUUAAAAUCGCUAUUUUCAACACCCAUUUUUAGACCUGGUCUCGGUCUCUAACAAUCAUGAAAGGGGUCAGGACCGGGGGAGGGGGAUACUCUCUUAUAUAAGCCAUAUAGGUGUGUGCCGCCUCGAAGCCGUAGGGUUUUUGGGUCUUUUUGGUCUGAAAACACUGAAAUUGGGUACCGGUUUCGAGUAAACUACGGGAGCUUACAUCAGUAUGAACGUAUUUAUCGUUUCAAUUCCAAAUGAAUAAGAACGAAAUAGAAAUAUGAAAUAUUCGAAAUACAUUUGAAGAAUUUUUUUGUUUGCGCUCUAAUCUGGUAAUGAUGAUAUAAUUUCUGCCUAAUCAGGCCUAGCCUGUUCAUGCUCAGGCUGCGAGAUAGUUGGGUCCUCCUAAUUGAGAAAGCGCGGACACGAAAAUAAAACAGGAGGAAACUGGGGAGUCUCCCCAACUAUCUGAGAGCCUGGAACAGGCUAAAUUAGGCCAGCCGGCUGAAAAUGGGUAUUUCGUUUAGAGACCUGGUCUGCAAACGGGUGUGGAAAACAUUUAUUGGUCUGAAAUAGAGUCAAGAUUUGAAUAACUGGGCGGCACACCCCCACCAAGAAUUCCUAGGAGUACCCCCCUUCCGGGGGUCAGGAGCAGGGUUUAAGAUCAUGUUGAAUGAUUCAUUUCGGUUAUUAUUCACGUGUAGGUGAGUAAUCCCUCCCACCUAAAUACUGCUUUUUUACAUCGUGGAAUGCCUCUAUAUUGACCUUCCCGUCUGAGUUCUUCAUUUCCUCAUAUUCCCAAGGCUCAAUUUGAGACGGAAUAGUGCCAUCCAUAAGAAUUUUACUGACUAACACUAAUACUUUUUUUAAAAAAUCGGCGCUUCUUAUUGGUUUAAAACUAUAAAUUGGAUUCUCUUCUAACUCCUUUUUUUUAUAAAAUUCAGAAUUUAAUUUCAGUUGCGUUGAGUAGCGGCAUAACCUUCCUUGUCCGUGCAGUAUGAUUUCCUUCUUCACAUGACGCUGACGUGACUGCGUGACCAGCAAAAGGAAUGUUUGUGUGGGAGGCAAGGAGCUGGAACUACUGUUUUACGCUAGUCCGCUUUUCCUUUCUCUCAGGUUUACCUUUCUAAAGCCUAAAGCUGUUUUUAUAUACAUAGUCCGUAGUCCGCGUUUUAUACCUAGUCCGUGUUUUAUACCCAGUCCGCAGUCCGUGGUCCGCAGUCCGCAGUCCGCAGUCCUCGUUUUAUACUGACGGGUUCCAAAGCUGUAAGGACACACUGAAGUUAUAAGUACACAUAAGUAUCUUGAGGAUGGUUCCGGGCAGGUCUAGCUUUCCCUCUAUUUAAGAACACAGUAAACGCAUUCAAGUGCUGCAUUAUUUCAUUUUCUUUCAAGAAUUAGGAUCGUAAAUUUGCUCUUUUGGAACUGUUAAGGCGACACUGAGAAACUGUCAAAGGCUGAAUAGAGUUCAACUAGAGAAACAACAAACAUACUGAAAAAUUGCUAGUUGGCUUCCUUACUGGGAAACAAUUGACCAUGAGAAACAAUUCGUUAGGAGACAUCACCAAUCUCUCUGCUUCAGACUGUUCCCUUCCACUCGCUCAUGGCAUUGGCCUAAUGGCGGUUAAUUCUGUCGGAGCUGUAGUUGGUACUUUUGGUAACUUCCUUGUUUGCACCGCGGUUCUUUACACAAGCCCUAGACUACGCAGAUGUUCAAACUAUCUUCUUGUUAGCUUGGCGAUCGCUGAUUUGAUCGUGACCAUGGUGUGUGAACCGUUAGUCGUGGGAAUUGCAGCCAAGAAAACCUUUUUCAACGACUGUGCAUUAAACCUGGAACUCGCCAAUGCUGUAUCUUCUAACUUCUCGUGUUCAGCUUCUGUUUUCCACCUAGCGGCAAUCAGCGUUGAUCGCUUUCUCGCCGUUAUUGUCCCUCUUCGUCACGGUCGCAUAAUGAAGAGCUAUGGCUUGAAGGUCAUGCUGAUAGUUGUUUGGGGUGCAUCAACAGUGUUUGUAUCUCUUCGUGUGCCUUUCCUGAAAGAAACAAAUUAUGUGGUUGUCGUGACGUUUAUCAUAAACUAUUUCCUCAUCAUCGGAUGCUACUUGUCCAUCACGAUUUCGUUAUUUUUGCUCAGGAGGAAAAAGAGACAGGCAUCGACGCAAGGCAGAACAUUAAUUUCCGUCAGGAGCAAAGUUGAGCGACGGUUUGCCUUCACGCUGGCUAUUGUAAUUGGUGUAUUUACAGCAUGUUGGUUUCCCGUCAUUGUUGUUGGCUAUGGUGCCGGGAAAUCUCUGGUGAAACUGAACGGAACCGCGUACAUGUGGGCUAUAACUUUAGCCUUCUUAAACUCAGCUAUGAACUUUUUUAUCUACAGCGCUAGAAUUCGUGACUUCAGACACUCCUAUGCUCUUAUAUGCAGCAAGAUUCUUCGCUGUAACUGAUGCGAUUUUGUAGUUCAGUUGUACAUGUGUACAUGUAUUUUAAAAAUUACAAAAACCUGAAGAUAUAUGAACGGAAAUUAAUUCAAAAGGAACGAACAAAUUACAUCAAGUUAUCGACAUUUAACCGGAACAUAUACCAGUCGACAUAUCAGACUUUGUUAAUAGUGACUACUAUUAGUACAUACACUGCACAAGUAAGUGCUUUUACAGAGCGCUGAUUUGGUAGGUUGCAGAUGAUAAGCCAUGCAAGCGUAUUUUUUGGAGGUAAACAAGAAAGCUUCUAAUAUAGCUUUUAGAUCAGAGCUUGGUCAUUUUGUUUUAAAUAUCAGUAUCACAAAAAAAUAAAAAAUCGCACCGCUUCCCUAGCGUUUUAUUUUUCUUGCUUUGCUCUCCAAUUCGUGCUGUUCGGUACUCUCCAAACAACUGCAGACUUCAGUAAAUGUAAAUGUGUAAAUGUGUAAAUGUAAAUGUAAAUGUUCAGUCGGCCUUGGAAGAUGGUUUCUAACCAAACAUUUUAUUCAUGAUGUGCCAUGUGCUCGAUUACUUUUGUUAGUAGUAUUGUGGUAUGAAAUAGCUGGAGUACUGAUGCACUUCUCCGAUAGACUCGAGAAACUGUAAAACAGGGCUGCUAGAAUAAUAUAUAAUUUUCUACAGAUCUCGCACCUUUGCCGGAAAGGAUACUGCACUUUACGGUUACAUCGCGCCACGUGACUCCAUGCCCUGAGGAGUGACCUGAAUCAGUUUCGUACUUCGAAAAUUACCUUUUAUAGUAAUAUAUUAGACUGCUCACAAUCCACCUUUUCUCUUAAAAUCCGUCUAGUUCUUAUCUCAUCCAGCGCGAUUGCAAACCACGAUGUUAUUAUUUAGGGAUUGAGACGAGACGAGAAAAGACGGACUGCUGACUCUUUUGUAGUAAACAAACCCUCCGUCAGCCCAGAAACGGAGUAACCGAUUGGUCAAUUGCACAGCUGUUGACAGAUCAUUGUCUGGUCUAUGGUGAGAUUGCAAACAAUAAAAAUAAUCCCAGUAAUGGAUAUCUUACAGAAGGAAACUGCUGUAAAUUUCCUCAAUGGAAACGAAUUCAAGGCAAUCUUACCGGAUUUAAAGAAAGUGUUGAAAAGAAAGUUGUUUACGUUCUAUUCAUAAAUCGUUUCAAGUUACUCGGGUUUAAUUGAUUAAUUAAAUUACCUUGACAGCUUCGUUGUCCCCAGACAGAACAAAACUGAGUCAGCGGUCUCUUAUUUUUUUUUCUCGGGCUUACGCGCUCGUUUCUCGCGGCAAGCGGCUUAGCCGCUCGCAUGCUUAGGUUUCGCGUGCAGUUACUUUGCAAAGAAAAAUAAGAGAGUGCUCACAGUGUAGUAAUAUAUUUUCUCUUGGCCGAUUUCUGACCUUUCGAAGAGGGGUAGCGUAUUUUUGGCUUUGUUUAGGUUGCUGCUGCGAACGUGGAGACGCAACACCAUGAUUCAAAUGUUGGUAAUAAGAACAGGCAUGUCUUUGUCUUACGCAGUCUUAUCGCCACGGUUGAUAAAGUUUCAUUCUUUCAUUUCCAUUGUAGAAUCAGGGGCGUAACAUCUACAUCUUUAAUCUAUAAAGGUUUCCCAUAGAUGAGGUCAGGUAGAGCUCAGGGCAUUGACAAACAGUUCCUUAUAAAUAAAUCAUAAAUAAAUAAAUUAAAGUAAAUAAACACUAUCAAAAAAACUCUUGUUGUAACAAAUUAAAUAAUUAAAUUACUUAUGGCUCGUUUUGAAGCCAUCAUAUGUUUCACAUUCAAUCACAGAAUCGCUUAAUCUAUUCCAAUCCCUAAUUGUCCUAGCAAAAAAGCUAAACUUGUAAGUAUUUCCUGAUUAGGAUUAUACUGGCGGGUGAUUCUUCCCUUGGGCUUAAUUUGGUCUGGUAAUAUAAAUGUGUCAACGUAACUUUACAUACGUGUCUGAAUAGAACUACUGAAAGCGAAACUUGGAAACUGUCCUGCAUAUUUAGUCACCCUUGAGAUACAGGUUAUAUGUAUACUCAUGAUUAAAUCAUAAACACCAUCAAAUAUACUGUACUCAUGUUGUUACUUAUGGCUCGACCUUUUGAAGCCAUAAUAUUAAUAUGUUUCAGAUUCAAUCAGAGAUGAAUCACUAAAACUCUUCCAGGCCCUAAUUGUUCUAGCCAAAUAUAUUUGAGAGUAUUCCCUUAGGAAUUAUACUGGCGGGUGCUUUUUCUCUUUAUAGGCUUAAUAUGGUCAGGUAAAUGGGUCAGCGUAAAUUUACAUACCUGUCUGAGUAGACAUUCUUAUGAACUACUGAAAACGAAACUUCGGUACUGUCCUGCAUAUUUUAGUCACCCUUGCGUAUUACUGAAACAUUGUGGCCGUUCAUUCAAUUCUCGUUUGGAUUUUGGAUUUGUCGAAAACACAACACCUUCUUUACCUUUAAACAACCGAACAUGAAAAACAAUUCGUUGGAAGACAUCACCAAUCUCUCUCCUUCAGACUGUUCCCUUCCACUGGUUCAUGGCUUUGGCCUAAUGGCGGCCAAUUCUGUCGGAGCUUUGGUGGGUACUUUUGGUAACUUCCUUGUUUGCACCGCGGUUCUUUACACACGCCCUAGACUACGCAGAUGCUCUAACUAUCUUCUUGUUAGCUUGGCGAUAGCUGAUUUGAUUGUGACCAUGGUGUGUGAGCCGUUAGUCGUGGGAAUUGUGGCCAAGAAAACGUUUUUCAACGACUGUGCAUCAAACCUGGAGCUCGCCUAUGUUGUAUCUUCCAACUUCUCGUGUUCAGCUUCUAUCAUGCACCUAGCGGCAAUCAGCGUUGAUCGCUUUCUCGCCGUUAUUUUCCCUCUCUGUCAUUGUCGCAUAAUGAAGAGCUAUGGCUUGAAGGUCAUGUUGAUAGUUGUUUGGGGUGUAGCAACAGUGUUUACAUCUCUUCGUGUGCCUUUCUUGAAAGAAACAGCUUAUAUGGCUCUUGUGAUAUUUGCCAUAAGUUAUUUUUUGGUCAUCGGAUGCUACUUGUCGAUCACGAUUUCGGUAUUUUUGCUCAGGAGGAGAAAGAAGAAGGCAUCGACGCAAGGCAGAACAUUAAUUUCCGUCAGGAGCAAAGUUGAGAGACGGUUUGCCUUCACUCUGGCUAUUGUAAUUGGCGUAUUUACAGCAUGUUGGUUUCCCAUGGUCGUUGUUUUCUUUGCUGCCGGGAAAUCUUUGGUGAAAAUGUACGGGACAGCGUACAUGUGGAUAAGAACUUUGGCCUUGUUAAAUUCAGCUAUGAACUUUCUUAUCUACAGCGCUAGAAUUCGUGACUUCAAAGACGCCUUUGCCAUUAUAUGCCGCAAGAUUCUUCGCAUGGCUUGA